AUGCGCCUACCACGACCGCGCUUGCUGACUGCCAGACCAGCUCUGCGGGUCGCUCCGCGAUUCUCGACAACUUCAUUCCGCCAUUGCUCAUGCACUGAUCCCAAGCGCGAACUCCCUCCGAUUCCUCCCACCGACCACCGAGCUCUCGGGACAGCUCAAGAGCUCUUCACAUCCUCCGUCUACAGCCCUGGAUCGCCUCUGUUCCUCCCAAAUGGCACGCACGUCGUCAACAAAUUGAUCUCCUUCCUCCGCACUCAGUACCUACAAUAUGGCUUCCGCGAAGUCCUGACACCGACCAUCUACAAAAAAUCCCUCUGGGAGAUCUCCGGACACUGGCAGAACUACAAAGAUGACAUGUACGAGGUGACUGGCCGCGGAGCCAGCGGCGAUACAGAAGGCGAACUUGGCGAAGACGAAUCCUACGGUCUGAAGCCCAUGAACUGCCCCGGUCACUGUCUGUUGUUCAAGUCGCAAACCCACUCCUACCGCGACCUGCCCAUUCGCUACGCAGACUUCAGCCCACUGCAUCGCAACGAGGUCUCUGGCUCGCUCACUGGUCUGACGCGUGUGCGCCGCUUUCACCAAGAUGACGGGCACAUCUUUUGCCGACCGUCGCAGAUCAAAGCAGAGAUCGCGUCCGCACUGGGAUUCGUGGACAUGGCGAUGAAGACCUUUGGACUUGGCCCAUACCGCUUGGUGCUGUCAACGCGACCGGAAACGGAUUAUAUUGGAUCAUUGGAGAUGUGGGAAAAUACUGAGACGCAACUGCGCGAAGCGCUGGACAGCACUGGCCGCGAGUGGGCUUUGAACGAGGGCGAUGGUGCCUUCUACGGCCCGAAGAUCGAUAUUCAGCUCCAAGACCAAGCGGGCAAAUUCCAUCAACUAUCUACGAUUCAAUUGGAUAUGAACCUUCCCCAGCGAUUCGAGUUGGAGUACCAGGUUGCAGAGGGUGAACCGGACUACAAUCCGGCGACACCGGGAGUUGCAACCCCCGUCAUGGUUCAUCGUGCCAUCUUCGGAUCCCUCGAGCGCUUUUUGGCGUUGCUGAUCGAAGAGCACGGUGGCCAUUGGCCCUUCUGGCUUUCGCCACGUCAGGCUAUCAUCUUGACGGUCAACCAAGAUGAUGCUGUUGUGCAACGGGCUCAGGAAGCGGCCGCUAAGUUCGCUGGAUUCCGAGCUCUUCUCAAUGACGGCACCGUCGAGUCACCUCGUCCGCUAUCAUCCGUCGAUUCUACUUUCUUGGUUGACGUGGACAGCAGCGCGCAGACCCUCGGCAAGAAGAUUCAACGCGCCAAACAGAUGAAAUACAACCUCAUCUUCAUCCUUGGGCCGCGCGACUUGGCAAAUGGCGGUGUCACGGUUGAUGUCACUGGGCAAAUGCACAGCAAGACAGAUGAGGGUGGCCAGAAGCUCCAGGCGCUAAUCAAAGCCAAGUUUGGCGAUGAGGCCCUGCAGAAUCCCCGCGCCGUGAAACUCGGGGUGGAGGAUGUUCACCCCUUGUUGGUGGAACUCGAAAAGAACUUUGUCUGA